UUCGAAAAGAAAAGAAAAAACACGAAUGAGAUGGAGGGAAAUUUUCAAAUUUCGGAAACGACUAGUUUGCUUCAAAGGAUCAAAGACUUUACUCGAUCGAUCCUUCAAGCUCUAGCUGAGGGAAGAUCUCCGUUAAUUUCCAUCAAUCGAUUUAGGAACUAUUGCAUGAAUCCAGAAGCGGAAUGCUUUUGCAGCUAUGAUGAACCCAAAGGUCAGGAAAUUCUCACCCUUAAGAAGGAAUCCCAAACCUACAGAAUCGAUAUGUUGCUAAGAGUAUUGCUGAUAGUCCAACAACUUCUGCAAGAAAAUAGACAUGGGUCGAAAAGAGAUAUCUACUACAUGCACCCAUCAGCAUUCAAAGCACAAUCAGUUGUAGACCGCGCAAUUGCUGAUAUAUGCAUCCUUUUUCAGUGUAGUCGGUACAACUUGAAUGUGGUUUCUGUUGGAAACGGGUUGGUGAUGGGCUGGUUAAAGUUUAGGGAAGCUGGAAGGAAGUUUGAUUGUUUAAACAGCCUGAAUACUGCAUUUCCCGUUCCUGUUCUUGUAGAGGAAGUUGAAGAUAUAGUUAGCUUAGCAGAGUACAUACUGGUGGUGGAGAAAGAAACAGUAUUCCAGCGUCUAGCAAAUGACAUGUUUUGCAAGAUGAACCGCUGCAUCGUUAUCACAGGAAGAGGAUAUCCUGAUGUCUCAACAAGAAGGUUCUUGCGACUCCUCAUGGAGAAGUUGCAACUACCUGUGCAUUGUCUAGUCGACUGUGAUCCAUAUGGCUUUGAGAUCCUGGCCACAUACCGUUUUGGCUCUAUGCAAAUGGCCUAUGAUAUAGAGUCCUUGCGAGCACCAGAUAUGAAAUGGUUGGGGGCUUUUCCUUCAGACUCUGAGAUAUACAGUGUUCCCCAACAGUGUCUUUUGCCUUUGACAGAAGAAGAUAAGAAAAGAACUGAAGCAAUAUUGCUUAGAUGCUACCUGAAGCGUGAAAUGCCACAAUGGAGGUUGGAACUUGAGACGAUGCUGAAAAGAGGAGUAAAGUUUGAGAUCGAAGCACUAUCAGUUCACUCACUGUCUUUUCUGUCAGAGGUUUAUAUUCCUUCCAAGAUUCGCAGCGACGCAAGUUUCCCUUGAGCCUUAUACGAGUCUCCAACUCAAGCCGUUCCCCUGAAACCCUUGAACACUCCAAUCCAAAAGAGAAGAAGAAAACCUUGCACGCACCUAAAAACCAUGUCCUCCUCUCUCUCUCGCCUUCUCCUUCGUGGCACCAACAGUUUCAGCAGCCCAACGAACGGCCGAUUUUUCUCCGCCGUUGCUGCUGCUGCAGCUACAACACCACGAACACCGUCCCUCAUCACCCUCGUAAAUGACGAACGCGACCCCAAAUACAUCACGGAGAAGUUCAAGAAGGCCUGCGAAGCGGAAUGGUUCCGGAAGAACAUAGCCGUCUAUGAGAGAACCGUUCGCCGUCUCGCCGCAGCCAAGAAGUUUGAGUGGAUCCAGGAGAUCCUGGAGGAGCAGAACAAGUACCCAAACAUGGCAAAGGAAGGAUUCGUGGCGAGGAUUAUCAACCUCUACGGACGUGCCGGUAUGUUCGAGAAUGCACAGAAGGUGUUCGACGAAAUGCCUGAGAGAAACUGCAAGAGAUCAGUAUUGUCUUUCAACGCCUUGCUGAAUGCGUGUGUGAACUCCAAGAAGUUCGAUUUGGUUGAAGGUAUCUUCAGUGAGUUGCCAGGUAAACUCUCGAUUGAACCAGAUAUUGCAUCUUACAAUACAUUGGUCAAAGGAUUGUGUGGGAAAGGUUCCUUACCCGAAGCUAUUGCGUUGCUUGAUGUGAUUGAGAGCAAGGGUCUGAAACCUGAUCACUUCACUUACAACUUGCUUUUACAUGAGUCGUACACAAAAGGGCACUUUGAGCAGGGAGAAGAGAUAUGGGCUAGGAUGGUAGAGAAGAAUGUUUCCAGAGACAUCCGUAGUUACAAUGCUCGGUUGUUAGGAUUAGCCUUGGAGUUGAAAUCAGCAGAGAUGGUUAAUGUCUUUGAAGAACUUAAGUCUAAUGGGUUGAAACCCGACGUGUUCACAUUCACUGCCAUGAUUAGAGGAUUCGCCGGAGAUGGAAAAGUGGAUGAAGCCAAAACGUGUUACAAGGAGAUGGAGAAGAAUGGGUUUCGCCCAAUGAAAUUUGUGUUUUCCUCGUUGCUUCCUGCAAUGUGUAAGGCGGGAGAUUUAGAGUCUGCUUUCGAGCUAUGCAAGGAGAUAUUCAGCAAGCGUCUGCUUGUCGACGAAGCCAUCGUGCAGGAGGUGGUUGAUGAAUUGGUGAAAGGGUCCAAGCAAGAAGAAGCUGAGGAGAUUGUUGAACUCGCGAAGAAGAAUGAGUAUUUACAGUUCAAGAUACGUCUCUCUUCCGAGGAGUAGUUCUUUGGCAAUGGCUUUAUUUUAACAAGUCUCUUAGUCUAUGUUUCCUCUGUUUAAUUAGUCUUGUUGCGGUGAUUGAAUUACUGAACUACCUGUAGUUUUGGGUUUGUGUGGGUUUUAAAAUGAAGUUUCGUGUUUGAAAAAACAGCAAAACAAUUGAUGUUUAUUUAUAAACAAAAGCGCUACGUAGUCCAGAGAGAGAGAGACAUCGCGUUGUAGAACGGCACGCUGUUUUGUUUUGUAAAAAUAAUAUGCAUUUCGCAUAAUUUUGAAUAAGACCUAGCCAGCCUCUCUUCUUCUAUGUCCAAAACCCAAAACCCUCCUCAUACUCACAUUUCUUCUACCUGAACGAAGCCAUGAGCAAGGUGGGCUCCUCGCUGUACAGUCGCCUCCAUGGAAUCUUCAAACAAACUCCAGUCGCCACAGUUAAGCCCGCGAAACCUAAAACCAAAUCCAAAAAGAUCUUUACUAAGUCGAAGGAAUCCUCCGCUAUUUCUGCUUCCGCCUCCGCCUCCACGUCCGCCUCUGGAGGUGACGUAGUGAAGCCCUCGAAUGAUGCCAAAGGGACGAAAGAUACGAAAUUGAUGAAGAAAGUAGAGAAGUUCAAGAGAUCCUGCGAGUCGGAGAGCUUCCGGCAAGUUCAUGGACUCUACUGUGCGUUUAUCCGCCGUCUCAGGGAGGCGAAGAAGUUUUCAGUGAUAGACGAAGUUCUUCAGCACCAGAAGAAGUUCGACGACAUAAAGUCGGAGGGUUUCGUUAUCCGUUUGAUGCUUCUCUAUGGGUACUCGGGAAUGGCGGAGCAUGCGCACAAGCUGUUCGAUGAAAUGCCUGAGCUAAACUGCGAACGAACCAACAAGUCCUUCAAUGCGCUCCUAUCGGCUUAUGUUCAUUCGAGGAAGGUUGAUGAGGCCAUGAAGGCCUUCAAGGAGCUGCCGGAGAAGCUGGGUAUUACUCCAGAUCUCGUCACCUAUAACACCAUGAUCAAGGCACUUUGCCGUAAAGGCUCGAUGGAUGAUAUAUUAUCCAUCUUGGAGGAGCUUGAGAAGAACGGGCUUGAGCCUGACCUGAUCACUUUCAACACACUGUUGGAAGAGUUUUACAGGAGGGAUUUGUUUGCUGAAGGAGAUAGGAUUUGGGAGUUGAUGAAAUCCAAGGAUUUUGUUCCCAACAUCAGGAGUUACAACUCAAGAGUGAGAGGUAUGACUCGGAACAAGAAGUUCACCGAUGCAACUGCUCUCAUUGAUGCUAUGAAAGCCGAAGGGAUCUCCCCAGAUGUCCAUACGUACAAUGCUUUCAUCACGGGUUACCGCGGUGAUGACAACCUCGAGGAGGCUUUGAAAUGGUACAGUGAGAUGAAGGAGACAGGUCUGACUCCUGAUUCGGUGACUUACUGUCUGAUAAUCCCUCUUGUCUGCAAAAAAGGUGAUCUUGAAAGAGCGGUUGAGAUAUCCGAAGAAGCCAUCAGACACAAGGUCCUGUCUCGCCCGAACAUGUACAAACCUGUGAUCGAUCGUUUGAUGAGUGAAGGCAAGAUUGAUAAAGCAACGCAGCUAGUGAAGAAUGGCGGGUUACAGAGCUACUUUCGCUACCUACCAGACUUGUCCGCUGGUAAGAAGACCUCUUCCAGUCCGGUCGAAACCUGCUUGCUGGACGAUUAAGAGUGCUUUGAUCUGUGUUUAGCAACUGUCUUAACGAAUGCGUUAUAGUGGUGGUGGCUUCCUAUCUCUGUUAUCACUUGUUUAGAUUUUGUUAACCAGUGGCUCCACUUGCAAGGACACAUGGUUAUAUUGGUCUCUCUUGUGAUUGUUUUUUUCUUCCUCAAUUUAUAAUUUUGGGGUUUCGCUUCCCUUGAUUUUAUCUUGAAUAAAGUUAUAAUUUGUCAUGAUUAUGGAGAUGAAUAUGCAAUGUAUUCUCAUUUCUCUUGUUCCUUGCCCUACACAUUAUAUUACCCCUAAUCACGUCUUGUUCCAC